GCCUUUGGUCACACUGCAAAUAAAUACGUGGCUAAAGCGAACAAAAAUUCCAUUAAAUUUCGAUUCUUUAUAAGUACAUUUAAUUAAACGAUGCAAUAAAUAUAUAUUUUAUAAAUUUCGUAAGGCAUUGGUGAGCGUGCAGAAAAAGCUCCAAGGUGCAAUACAUUUGAACAAAGACUCAAACAUCUUAUCCAAGCGCCGGCUCGUGACAAGUCACCGCCUUAAGAAUGGGUCUUUGCAAAUGUCCGAAAAGAUUGGUGACCAAUCAAUUCUGUUUUGAACAUCGCGUCAACGUCUGUGAGCAUUGUAUGGUCCAGAGUCAUCCCAAGUGCAUAGUGCAAUCGUAUCUUCAAUGGCUGCGCGACAGCGACUACAUUUCCAAUUGCACCUUGUGCGGAACCACACUGGAGCAAGGCGAAUGUGUUCGCCUUGUUUGCUAUCAUGUGUAUCACUGGGACUGUUUAAACGCCCGUCAAGCUGCUCUGCCCGCCAACACUGCGCCACGCGGACACCAGUGCCCCAGCUGUAACGUGGAAAUAUUUCCCACUUCCAAUCUGGUAUCACCUGUAGCGGACGCAUUGAAAAACUAUCUAGCUCAAGUAAACUGGGGACGCAAUGGCCUUGGCCUGGCAUUGCUCUCAGAGGAUCAGAGCAGCCUUAAGGCAGCCAGGGCAAUUAAUCAGGCUGCUGUCAGCAAUAUGACCAAAGUCCAUCACCAUUCCGGAGGAGGCGAGCGGGAACGCACGAAGCCAAACGGUAGUGGCGAUGCCAUCAGUCCCCAUUCCGUGCUCCUGAUGGAUGCAUUUAAUCCGCCCAGUUCAGGCGAUUUCAAUGCCAGUAGCCGGCGUCCCUUGCUCCCACGACAGUCACCGAUUGGUGGCACAGAUCGCGAUGACAAUAAAUACCAACGUCGCACACCAGUCGAGAUGUUCUCGCGUUGGACGAGACGCUUCUAUGCUCCUUCUUCACGACCUCCUUGGCGUCGUACAUGGUUUCUGGUGGUCAGCGGCAUAAUGGCCUUUAUUGUUUUUAUUUAUUUAAUGGCUUGGUUGGGACGUGGUGGCGGCGGAUCCAACGAUGGUGUUGAUGAUACCUGGAACAAUCCGAAUCCACAGCCCAAUCACUACGAGUAACAGGAGAAGCCCAUCAAAAUGAUUAACAUAUUCGAAAAAGUCUCUGCUAGUAAACCUAUUCUCCUUAGUUUCCUCACCCAGGAGAAAAAUUAAUCUUUUUACAGUUAUUUAUAUAAAUAUAUAUAUAUAUAUUAAGAGUGCAACUGCAACUAAAUACAAUUUAGGCGAAAAUCCGAGAAA